GGGGGGCGUCCCCUUGCGCCCGGACCCCGCGCUGGCGCCCCCCGGGCCGCCGCCCGGCGCGGGGGCCAUGGCGUUCACCUUCGCCGCGUUCUGCUACAUGCUCACCCUGGUGCUGUGCGCCUCCCUCAUCUUCUUUGUCAUCUGGCACAUCAUAGCCUUUGACGAGCUACGGACUGACUUCAAGAACCCCAUUGACCAGGGGAACCCAGCGCGGGCACGCGAGCGGUUAAAAAACAUCGAGCGCAUCUGCUGUCUCCUGAGGAAGCUGGUGGUUCCGGAAUACUCCAUCCACGGCCUCUUCUGUCUGAUGUUUCUGUGUGCAGCAGAGUGGGUGACCCUGGGCCUCAACAUCCCCCUCCUCUUCUAUCACCUUUGGAGGUACUUCCACCGUCCUGCGGAUGGCUCUGAGGUCAUGUAUGAUGCGGUCUCCAUCAUGAAUGCUGACAUCCUCAACUACUGCCAGAAGGAGUCCUGGUGCAAACUCGCCUUCUACCUGCUCUCCUUCUUCUAUUACUUAUACAGUAUGGUUUAUACGUUGGUGAGUUUCUAAGGGGGAAGCCGGCCAGGGAGCAAGCCCAGAACGGACCGGACGCCUGUGCACCCCCAGCCCUGCCCCUCUGGCCACAGAGGCCUCAGUCCUGAGGGAGGGGGCACUGGUGCCCCCCCAACUCUUCACCCCCCAAACUGCUGCUGCGGGGACCCUCCCGCCUUCAGAGCCCCUUCCUUUCAGACUAGGGCCAGGCAGAGCUCUAAACCCAGGCAGGGACCCUUCUGCCAGCCUGUAGCUAGGCAUGGCACUGGGUCCAGGAAGGGGUGGGACUUCUGGUCAUGUCCAUUUCAGGGGAAACUCGGGCCCUGCCACCAAGCAAAGCUUGACCCUGGAAAUUCUGGGCUGCCCCCCUAAGCCCCUAACCUGAGGCUCCCCCUGCAGGUGAGGGGGCACCCAUGCCAGGAAUGAGCAGGCUCAACAAGGGGGCAGCCCCACCCCUAGUCUGCCCUCCUCCUCCCCCCAGGCUCUCUCCAGCCCUGUCUAUUUGUCCCAGCCCCAGCCACCCUGUCUCUUGGACCUAUUUUCUAUGUCGCCCGGAGGAGUCCGGCACCCCCUCCCCGGCCAUUUGUGACAAAAGAUGAAUAAACUACUGCAAACACA